AUGACAGAUGAUAAGAGAGAAGGGGAAUCAAGGCUUCAAUGUGAAUCCCUUCCUAUUCACCGGAAUACCGCCUUGGAAGAAAGUCUCAUCGAAUGUCGUCAAAGAGGAGAGAAGGCUUCGUCCCAGAACGAGGGAGACAUUGUCGUCAGCAAGUCCGUGAGCCCGACGUGUCUCAUGGAUGCAAUAGCCAAGGGAGAUUUCAAGUCAGCGGCAGCCUUGCUCAACGGCGGUUCCCAGGUGAAAGCAACGGAGGAAAAUUCCUGGACGGCCUUGCACGAGUCAGCCAAACAGGGUCGCGUCGAUCUCACUCGACUCCUCCUCGAACAUGGGUUUAAUAUCAACGCCAAGGAAGGUAGUGCUGGAAAGACUCCUUUGCACCUCGUCGUGGAACAAGGCUCUCGAUGCGGUAAGAACAGCUUCCUGGAAGUGGCCAAGAUGAUUUUAAAAUGUCCAGGAGUGGAUCCCAAUAUGAAGGACGUCCACGGAGAUACUCCUCUGCAUUAUGCCAUGCGAGAGAGGAAUACCAAAUUCCUUCGACUCCUCAUCUUUUUUGGUGCUCGGAUCGACGUUCCGAACUCCUCUGGUGAGGCCGUGUUACCAUAUCUCAUCCGUAAACAUCCGAAGCUCGCUUCCGAGGCCUUCGAUCGCUGCCUGAUUCUGAACAGCCUUUCGUCCGAGGAUCCUUACCUCCGACUGAUAUUCAAUUAUCAGAUCUUCGAUAUCCUGAACAGUGCGGGGACGAAAAAUGAGAAAGACUGUUGCAGAAGAGAAUCAGUGAUCCCGAAACUAAUCGUGAAUUCACGGAAUCAUUCGCUUCUCACCCACCCACUGUGCUUGAGUUUCCUUCAACUCAAAUGGCAUUACUUCCGACGAUUCUAUUACAUCAAUUCAUUUCUGUUCUUCCUCUUCGCCGUCAGCCUCACAUCCUUCGUCAUGACUUCUGUCAAUGCGUUCCGUCAGAGCGCCAAUGAGACCUCGGCAAUUUAUGGGGAUGUGUUGCAAUUGGAUUAUGCUGAUAAAGCACUUUGGUAUGGGCUUUUGCUGUUCACGGCAUAUAUUGCCUUCCGGGAAUUCUACCAGUUCCUCUCAAAACCUUCGGAUUAUUGUCGAGAUCCCGAGAACAUCUUCGAAUUGAUCGUUGUGAUUGGCGUCCUCAUGAUCUUAUUUCGAGAUAUGCUUCCAGUGGGCAUGUUGAUCCAUGCAUCGGCUUUGGUCGUCCUGGCAGUAUGGGUGGAGGUGAUGUUGUUGCUCGGCAGACACCCAACCUGCUCCGUCUACGUCUCCAUGCUCGUCGACGUGUCCAAGAAUGUCUUCAGGAUCCUUGCCAUCUUUCUCAUCUUACUUUUUGCCUUUUCCCUCAGCUUCUCCAUCUUGUUCAUGGAAGAUAGGGACUUCGAUUCCUGGUACCAGGCCCUGGCGAAGACGACUGUGAUGAUGACAGGGGAAUUCGACUAUUCCAACCUUCCGUUUUCGUCCUAUCCUGUCACAAGUCACAUCGUUUUCCUCGGAUUUGUCCUCGCAGCCACGAUUGUCCUCAUGAAUCUCUUGGUCGGUCUUGCCGUCAAUGACAUUAAACGAAUUAACGAAAAGGCCAUCACCUACAGUAUUUUCCGACAGGUAGUCCUCAUGGCCUACAUAGAGAAAAUGCUCUUUUCACCCGUAAUCAAUUGGUUUCCAGAUUUUAUAGCCUCGCGAUGGAAGUCCAUGGCUGAGAGCACCUUGGUCCUUAAGCAUCUCCCCAAUCUAACUCUGUGCACAUUUCCUAACAGUAAAACCUCCGGCUCGUUGAGGGUGCUGCGAUCCAGGGAAUCUAAGAUAGAUCAAGAGGUGCUGGAAAAAGGAAUGGGGAAAGACGAGAACGAGCAUUGUUCUGAUCCGGAGUGUCAGUGCUGGGUGUCGAUGAGGCGCCAUGUCAGCGCUGAAGCGAUCCAGGAUGCCGUCGACGUCGCUUUCAAGGUGAGAACUUCGAAAAUGUCUGAAGAGAAAUCUACUACCAACUGGAACAAUGCCGAAGAAGUGGCCCAGACCAUAGCAUCGAUUCGAGACGAAAUAGUGUCUCUCAAGAUGGAUAUCGCGGACAUUAAAAACCUCCUUCGUGUUCGAUCAAAUUCUACAGUGUGA